GCUUAAGAACCCGCCCGAUUCAAUAUAGAGUAUAAAGUUUUGCUCUUUAUGCAAAUUUUAGGGUAAUUUGAAGUUUUACUCGAGUUUUGUGCUUGUGAAAAUGACUUCUAGAGCAUUGAGGAUUUGGAACAAUCUGAGUAAUAAUACUACUGCGCUCUUCUUGAAGUUACAUAGAAGAAGAUAUGUAUCAGUAACAGGCAGAAGUAUAAUGGAAAGUGCUUGUAGAGAUGGUGAGCUAAGAGUUUUUAUUUUUGCUGGCGAGGUUUCAGGUGAUUCUAUUGGUUCUCGUCUUAUGGCUUCCUUGAAGAACCUCUCUCCUACUCCUAUUCGCUUUGCUGGUGUUGGAGGGUUUAUGAUGUCCAAGGAAGGAUUGAAAUCUCUGUUCCCUAUGGAGGAUAUUGCAGUAAUGGGGAUAUGGGAAUUGUUACCACAUUUGAAUAAAUUUAGAGAAAGGUUGAAAGAAACAACAGAGGCUGCCUUCUCGUUUCUGCCUCAUGUUGUUGUGACAGUGGACUCCAAGGGAUUCUCUUUUCGUCUACUGAAGCAGUUACGAGCUAGAUACAGUCAGCAAAGAUUGAAUAGUCCUGUACACUUCCAUUAUGUGGCACCGUCAUUUUGGGCAUGGAAAGGAGGAGAAGAAAGACUCAAAAACCUAGCUAAUUUUGUGGAUCAUGUUUUCUGUAUACUUCCUAAUGAGGAAGCAGUUUGUAGAUUAAAUGGAUUGACUGCUACGUUUGUGGGCCAUCCUGUUUUGGAAGAUCUUUUAGAGUUUAAUUUGGGAAAGCAAAACUCAGCACAUGAAUGGAAAAUGGAGAGAAAUAGUGAAGAUUUUCGAAGUAAACAUGCAGUUCCUUCAGGAGCUACAGUCAUUUCCUUGCUUCCUGGAAGCAGAUUACAAGAGGUCACACGGAUGCUCUCCAUUUAUGCAAAUACUAUGGGGCAGUUAAAAAGUAGUACUCACGAGUUAACUGCAGUUAUUCACGUAGCACCAAAUCUCCAUGUGGAGAAUUACAUCAGGGACUCUGUUCGCAAGUGGCCUGUACCUUCUAUAUUGAUUCCUGGAGCAAUUAGACACAUGAAAUAUGAUGCACUUAGUGCCAGUAGCAUUGCAUUAUGUACAUCCGGAACCGUGGCUUUGGAGUUGCAGUUGGCACGCUUGCCAUGUGUAGUUGCCUAUCGUGCCCAUCUCCUAACAGAAUGGAUUAUUCGGUAUAAAGCAAAGAUACCAUACAUUUCUCUGCCUAAUAUACUCAUGGAUUCAGCUAUAAUCCCUGAAGCCCUUUUUCAAGCAUGCACGCCAAGAAAUUUAGCCUCAUUGCUCUUGGAACUCAUACAUGACACAGGACUUCAAGAAAAACAAAUUGUUGCUGCUAAUAAGGUAAUCAGCCUUCUGUAUCCUUCAGAGAGGAAUAUAAGUAACUUGACAGAACAGGGCACAGAAAGCAGUUUUGUGAGUUGCACCCCAAGCAUGAUAGCAGCAGCCACCAUAUUGCGCCAUGUAAAACCAUGAGGACUAACGAUCGCUUAUCAGACAUCCUGACAUUCAGUUUUAAGGUGUUGAUCAAGUGGAUGAAGUAAUAUCAGGAGUCAGCAGCAGUAACACAAUUCUGUUUCCUGCUAAUACUGUAGUUGGAGAAUCUAAUUUUCAUAUGCUGGUCGCAGUUUCAAAUGUGUAUAAUUUUAUUUUUCAAUGACGGUAAAGUCUCCCUUUCCAUCUUGCAAGUACAUUAAGUCUAUAUUUGGUACAUCUCUUGCAAGUACAUUAAGGCUAUAUUUGAUAUGAUGUAAUGAAGUAUGUAAUGGAAUCAUUAGAUUAUAUGGUUUA